AUGACCGGGAAACAAGGCGCCGUGUUGUCGGAAAGUUUAAAUAUAUCGGAGAGGACCUCUCUGGGCGCAAAUGGAGGGAGUAAUAGCCACCAGCCGAAAAGCAGCACGACCCAUCCGCCGCCCAGGUGCACCGGCUUUGGCAUCCAGGAGAUACUAGGGCUGAACAAGGAGCCGUCUGUGGCCCCGAGACACCCUUUAGGCUCUUUGCCGGCCGGGGCGCAACUGAUCGCGGCUAGGUCCGUGCUGGGCCCCGCUGGCGUGGGAGUCGGGAUGGGAUUAAUCGGCCCUGGUGGAAUUCCGUCGUUUUACAGCCAACCUGCAUUUUUGGAGACUGUGCUGUCGGACGCACACGAUGUUCACCUGCAGCCCCACAGCAGGUCCGCAGGGCCGCUGGACACCAGCCAGUCUGCCAGCUCAGAUUCUGAGGAUUUGUCUUCAAAUGAACGAAAACUCUCAAAGUCAUCAGUAAGUCAGAGCAAGAAACGCAAGAAGAGACGUCACCGGACCAUAUUCACCUCCUAUCAGCUGGAGGAGCUGGAAAAGGCCUUUAAUGAAGCGCACUACCCGGAUGUUUACGCGCGAGAGAUGCUGGCCAUGAAAACAGAGUUACCUGAAGACAGAAUACAGGUAUGGUUUCAGAACCGUCGAGCCAAGUGGAGGAAGAGGGAGAAAUGCUGGGGCCGCAGCACUGUGAUGGCUGAGUAUGGGCUGUAUGGUGCCAUGGUGAGGCAUUCAAUCCCCCUGCCAGAGUCCAUCCUCAAGUCUGCCAAGGAUGGCAUAAUGGAGUCCUGCGCCCCCUGGCUGCUCGUCCAAGAUGGCUUACCAAUCAACAGACGCUAUUCUAAAUCUGAAUACCCGCAACUCUUUGCAGGGAUGCACAAAAAGUCCAUGGAGGCUGUGGUCCCCCCGCCCACAGGAAAGUGUGAUGAGCCCCUGCAGCCGAGCUCUCAGCGGGCAGAAGAUUCGGAGGCGGAGGAGAAGAGGUCAGAGGGCAAGUCCACCAUUUCUAAAGAGGAACUGAGAGAGAACAGCAUUGCUGCACUCAGGGCCAAGGCACAGGAACACAGUGCCAAAGUGCUGGGGACGGUUUCUCAUGACAGACAGCUGGAAGGCAAACAGGAGAGACAGGCGGCCGAGGAGAAAGCCAGCGAUCCCCUGAGUCUAGCAGAGGAGGCGACAAGUCCAUAG